CAUUCUGUUGAGACUGAAGUUGUGUACAUUGCUGUUGUGCUACAUUUCUCGUAGUGUUUAGAGCUCUCUGGUGCUCAAAUGAUCCAUUUUAUCACGAUGUUAUCAUUGGAUGGUCUGGUAUGGUAAUUAACUUGGCUAAUAUUGUUAAAUAAAUAAUACUAAUGGGGGAACAAACCCGAAUGUUCAAAUAAUUCUAUGCUGUUAUGUUUUCUUUCUAUUCGCUAGAAAUGAGUUCUACUCCUAUUACAGUGGGUUUGUCUUAGUUACUUCAUAAAGCAGAAAAUAUACAAUUCUAUACCACGUCGCUGUUGAAUUCUCGAUUCUGAUUGGCCAGAAGGUGUUGAGUAAUUUCCUCAGACAGAAGUUCCAGCUGUAAUUCAAAUGAUAGAUUUAUAUUAAUGCACUUGUACUAAUAAGUUAUUAUUCACAUGAAUGUGUAUGGUGGUCACACCACAUAAUCUAAAACUAAUGAUAGACAAAUAAAAACAAUGGCAUUUAACAUGUUGUUGAUAUGGUGAAAUCUCCAGUGUCAAUGCUUUGUACCAGUCUGAGGUAAAGCUGUUCCUUUACAUUUUCUGCCACGGGAAAGUCUAAAGACAGGACUGUAUUGUGGUGUAUGUGGGUUUUUUUGUUUUUUUUCUCAGAGACAUGAGCAGCUGCAAUUAUUUUUGUCUUAUUAACUUUAAAAGAGAGGAUUAAAGAGAGACUAUAAAGCUGUAAACAUUCAGUCUCUGACCAGUCUCUCUUUAUGUUUGAGUGAUGACAGGAACUUAUUUAUUUCACAGAUGUUCCACAAUAAGAAAUGUAACUAGAAAUGGUUAAAAUAAUUCUGGCUUUUGUUUGUAAAUAAAAUAAGAUAAAUAAAUUAAUAAAUAAAGGUUGGAAAGUUGCUGUGGUAUAAUUCAGGGGAAAAACACGUAAGGACAUGUUAUAUGUAAAUGAUGAACUUUGGGUGGUAUCGCGUCACGUGAUUAUUUUCCUACAACAUGCCUGAUCGUGUCUUAUUCCUCACAUAUUACUAGAAGUCUUUCAAUUUUCUUAUUUAUGAGUAGCUGACACUUGAGUGUUUUUCUACAUGCUUGUUGUGUGUGUUGCUUUGUUCCAGCUGUUUUAUACCCUGUACUGGAAAGGAAAUUUGACUAAAGCAGAGCCAUUAAAACACUGGCACCCAGUGAUUUACUUCACUCUUAAUGUGGUUUGAAUUGGGUUUGAUCUCUCUGUGUGUGCAAGAAAGGGUGUCUCAUUCUAUUCAAAGUGAACACAGACCGGAUUAAAAUGUCCACAUGGGGGAGAUAUUGCACUAUUGGUGUAAUCUGUGACCAAGCAUCUCCUCAAGAAGUCGCCACGACAAAACAGUUUUGUAGAAUUUAUUACCGAUUCCAACUGGGUCGUGUUUGGGACUGAUCAUCUAGAGAGUAAAUGAACGAGGCCUGUUCACCCACUGAUUUGAUUCGAUUCGUAUGAGAACUGUAUGUCUAGUGAAAUUCACAGCUGUACUUGUAUCUGUCUCUGUCUGAGAGAUACACUAUAUUUUUUAGUGUCAAUAUUUCAAGAAAUGUGAAAAAUGCUUUACAGUAUUUUUGCGAAACGUCCUGAACUAUCACGAUUAUGACAUCAUAAUGCUUUAGAAACGGUAGGUCGUUACGUUAACUUGGAGUUUCUGUGGGUGUGUGCACUGCAUAUAUAGAAAUGUUUGCAUAAAUGUUUUUAUCCGUGUAAUUGGAUACAUGUCAAAUAUAUGUCCGAGUGCCCUGGAGUGUGUUAAAUGCUUUGGAAGUGCUGUAUCCUGGCCAGCUGGUUUGCACAUUAAGUUGAGAGAAGCCAGUUGAAGACUCUGCGUCAGGCGCCAGGUCACAUGGACUGCAGCUGACUGAGCGCUGGAGAGUCUCCAAAGGAAGCAGGAGAGAAGGGCAAGCUCACAAUAAGGAGUGUGAAAGUGGCUAUGUGGAGCAGGACAGUGACAUACAGAAGAAGAUUGACCAUGAGAUCCGGAUGCGAGAGGGAGCAUGUAAGCUCCUGGCCGCUUGUUCGCAGAGGGAUCAGGCGCUGGAGGCCUCGAAGAGUCUGCUCACCUGUAACGCUCGCAUCAUGGCGUACAUGUCGGAGCUGCAACGCAUGAAGGAGGCGCAGGUCAUGCAGCGGGUGGCUCGGAGGUCAUCAGAUGCAGGACCAAUGGAUGACCGAUCUCCAUGUAAAGGCAAAGUUGCCAUUUCAGAUCUUCGAAUUCCUUUGAUGUGGAAAGACACUGAAUACUUUAAAAACAAAGGAGAGCUACACCGCUGUGCUGUGUUCUGUCUGCUGCAGUUAGGAGGGGAGAUCUUUGACACAGACAUGGUGAUGGUGGACAGAACCCUCACAGACAUUUGCUUUGACAACACCAUAGUCUUUAAUGAAGCGAGCCCAGGUUUUGAGCUGAGGUUAGAGCUGUACAGCUGCUGUACAGAGGACGAUUACUCAGCGGGCAGCACUCCACGCAAGCUGGCCAGCAAGCUGAGCUCAUCUCUGGGCCGCUCAUCUGGGAAGAAGAUGCGUGCAGCGCUGGAGCCCGGAGCCUGCAGCCCCAUCAGCAACGGGAGCAAUGCACAACUGCUCCUGCCUGUACCACCUGUGCCAGGACCCAAGUACCAUGUCCUGGCUCACACCACUCUCACUCUCUCCCACGUUCAGGACAGCUUCCGCACACACGACCUCACCAUAACUGGCAACGAAGAGUGUUCAUACUGGUUGCCGCUGUAUGGCAGUGCGUGUUGUCGUCUGGCUGCACAGCCCCACUGUAUGACACAGCAGAUGAUCAGUGGCUGCCUCAGGGUCAAGCUCGGUGGGGAUCCUCAAGGAUGGACAAACGUUUAUGGUGUCCUAAAAGGGACAAGCCUCUUCUGUUACCACCGACAGGAAGACAUGGAGGCUAACGUGGAGCCAUUAUUAACGAUCAGCAUUAACAAAGAGACGAGAAUACGAGCAGCAGAAAGAGACCCCCAAAGCAAAGCUCAGAGUAUCUGCAUCAGUAACCAGUAUGGAGGAGAGGAUGUCACACACACGCUAGUGACGGACAGUCGAGAGGACACACAGCGCUGGAUGGAGGCCUUCUGGCAGCAGUUCUUUGACAUGAGCCAGUGGAAGCAGUGCUGUGACGAGCUGAUGAAGAUUGACCUGCCUUCACCACGCAGACCGGCUCUGGUUACAGCCAAACAGGGCUCACUCUACCAUGAGAUGGUUAUUGACACAUCUGAUGACAUCAGUGCCGUCACAGACAUCCUGACGAGGCGUAUCGAGGAGUUUGAGUUUCAGACCCCACCUCACUGGAUGUCCUUAUUUAAGGAAGAGCCUCCCGGUAGCCCCCAAAACCUCCGGCACCACUCUCCCAGCCCUCGCUGUCACCGCCCUCAUGCUCUGCUCUCCUCCGAGGCCAGCCUCGCCUCAGACAGCUCCAGCCCCUGCAGCUCUAGCCCCUGCUCACCUAGCCACUACCUCGCCUCCAACCGUUUCCGCCCUCGUACACUUUCUCUGGAUGCCAAGCUGUCCACGCUACGAGGGAGAAACUACGGGGGCCUCCACUGUUCGUGCCAACCUCCUUCAUCCAGCUCGCUCCAUCAGCAGGCUCCACCUCUCUCCUGCUCCAGCUCCACUUCCAGUAACAGCUCGAGUGAAGGGAGCAACAGCCCAGAAUCGGAUCUGGCCUUCUCGCGACCUUCCGGGGCACGCCGCAGCCUGAGGAACCUCCGAGCAAAGCUGGACCCCAGAAACUGGUUACAGAGUCACGUUUAGUUCCUUUGAGUUCCUUCCUGAGGAAAGAGUUUCUCACAAAAUGACCUCUUUAUGAAAGGAUCCCAACCAUUCAGUCCUUAAGUAAGCCCUUGAAAGACCUGGAAUGUCCAUGACAAGGAUAACUGUCCUCAGUGUGGCUCAGACUCUCACUUCAGACAUGGUGAUGGACAAAGACUAUAAUUAAUGGGAGAUUUCCUGUAAAUGGGUUCAGCACCAUGGUGAUAGAUAAUAAUUUAUACAUAGUUCACUAUCAGUAUAUGCAGUUUAUGUAAUACAGAAAUCCUGCGAUUCUCAACCUCAAACUGGAGUUCCAACAGAACAGGCAAUACCAAGAGUCAGAGCGCUUCUCCAAUCUCUUUCAAACUGGACUAAUGAUCUGCAGUCAGUUGAAGCAGUUUAAAUAUAAAUCCAGUCAUAACAUAGUGCUAACUUAACAGCCACUACGUUUAAAUUUACAAGCUACUGAAAAAAAAAAAAAAAAGACCUAUGGGGGGAAAAAAGUGAUAGCUCAAAAUGUACAGCUACCAUUUUAUAGGUGCAGCGCCAUAUAAAAUCUGUUCACAAGGUUACUUUACUAUAGUUUAGUUACAUAAUUAUGUGCAGAUUAAAAUAGCAGCAGCUUCUUUAGUGCUUUUUGCCAUUAUUCUAAAACAGUUUGUUAGACGUACCUUAUUUGACGUAGUCUAACUUAAAAUCAGUGAACGCAACACUAGUUACCUUACCCCAUACCGUAACUGUAAUGUUUCCUGUUCAACCUGACAGCCUGAUUUCCCAACCAGAAAUAUCCAGCCAACAGCAGUGAUGUGAUCCCAAACUUAUAUUGAUGAAGCGUUAGAUAAUGAUUAACACAUUGUGCAGACAAAACGAUGAGCUCAGAUCUCUAACUGUACCUACCAGAUGUUUAAAACCCUGACACUGGAGCUGUGCCUGAUAUCCACCUUACUACUUCCAGUGUAACUGCUGUGUUGUGAAUGACCCAUCCUCCAAGCAUGUCUGUGUGCAGUGGUCUUCUGGUGGUCACUUUCCACUGAGGACAGCUAACAAAUUGAGUGUGUGCGAGCGUGUGUGUGUGCGCGAGCGUGUGUGUGUGCGAGCGUGUGUGUGCGCGAGCGAGUGUGUGCGUGCGUAUGUGAGCAGUCACUGAUUCUUCUAGUUAUGAUGCACCUUAAGUGUCUGCAUUCUCAGGAAAAAAAAGGGUACUGAACUGUUCCUUUUCUUGGGCUAGGGUGGUAUCCUUAUCCUUCACCUGGAAAUGUGGAUAUAGUGUACCUUUAAAAAAAAUUUUAAAAAUGUAAUGUACAUAUUACAUACAAAUGGUGUACGCUUGAGGGUAACACAUCAGCGACAUGAAAUGGUAUAGUUUUGUACCCUUUCUUCUCUUUGUGUGUGUGUGCACGCCACACAAAAUUUUAUCCCCAAAUAUACCCCAAAACUGAAGUUCUACAUGGCUGCUGCAUUGGCGCAGUAUUUUAUCACUAGUGGCCAAUUUCACCAAAUCCACGUGUCUCCUAAUAAUGCUGGCAUCAGUGUGAAAUUUUUCACACUUAGUAUGCCCUGCUUUUACACAUUAACUGCUUUAGAAAUGAAGAAUUACAAAUCAGGAUUGAGAGGUCUAUUAAGACAAGGUGGAGUUUGUCAUCAGUUCUCAUUAUGUUACAGGCUGCUGUAAUGGUGGUGCUUACCGAUUGCAGAAAUACAUCAAGUCAGAGAGUAUCAGGUUUUAUAACACCACCCCACGAUGAAAUGUACACGACUAUGCAAAUGCAUCCCAGUUUAAAGCGUAACCUGCUCCGCAGUCUCUCCGCGUUCACAGGGAAGGUCAUAGCGAAGGGUAUUUUGUCAUUUCUGUGCUUUAUACAAGAGGACAAUAAUGUAAAGAACACAAUCUAGUCUACACUAGAGAACUCCUUUAUAAUCAAGCUGAUAACUGAAUAGAAAUAUGUACAUCUCAGGAUGUCAUUUUCAUCAUAAUGAAGUCUUUAGAUUGAAUCACGAGUACAUGAAUAAUAACCACACAGUGUGUUAAACAUGCAAACCAGGAAUAGUGAGUGAGUGUGUGGGGUGCAGUGGAUCCGUGUUCUGUUGCAACUGUUACUGUCAACUGAAAAAUACGUCAGUGUUGUGAAAGUGGUGAACGUAUACACUGUAUUACUGUACUGAAGUGAGAUUAUUAAUACCGCUUUUCAUUGCUAAUUAAGAGCCAGCAAGGUAAACUUUUAAUCUGUAAAUUCAUUCAGGCUGUGUUUCCUGUUGUAUAGUUUUGUAAAUUAACAACUUUCUUUGUUGCCUUUGUUAAAACUGUAUUUUACCAUAUUCCUUUUUUGUCAUAAAUGCAGCUAUUGAGCUAUUUUAUCAGAUGAGUCUAACUAUUCUGGUGGAUUAUAUUAGGUUUAACCUGGAGAUGAGCAUCCUGUCUGCAUGCACAUUGCCAUUGGUGCGAAAACUAACUCAGCAUGUAGAAUAAUAAUAGAAAUGCAAAUUAUUAAAAAAAAAAACUUUUAAGUAAGCCUAAA